AUGGCCUGGGACGAAAUCAACAUCCUCAAGGCUCUGCCGUCGCAUCCUAAUAUAGUACCACUUGAUCGUGUUGUUCUCGAAGACGUGGAAUCUCGGGUGAUAGGAUUCGCAACAAAGUAUAUUCCAGGCGGAACUCUCGCCGAUCCAACCAAUCUGAAUGUACCGUUCCGAUUUGAGUGGCUACAACAGCUUACCCGACUUGUGGAUUUCCUAAAUCUCGAACCAGGGAUCAUGCAUCAAGAUAUUGCACCCCGGAAUCUACUUAUCGACCCUGAUACAAAUAAGAUUCUUCUCUUCGACUUCAACUGGGCCGUAUCUGGAAAAGAACGCUUGCUAGAUAGCCGCGAUGAUGGGACUGGCGUCGUAUUCACGCUAUACGAGAUUAUCACAAACGAUACGCACUUCACGAGCAUUCCCCACUGGGAUCAACACAUGGACAUGGUUCAGAGUAUAUCGGAGUGGACUUGCAACCGUGAACUUGACUCUGACGUAUCGAAAUCCCGCACCUUUUUGAAUGAAUGGGUUGCGAGACGCAAUGGGGACAUGGAAAGAUAUAUCAACGCACCGAACCGACUUACAUGGCCGGACCUGCCAACCCCGCCCGACCAUAGUGUGCCUUUCCAGCUAGGCAAUACCCGGGAUGGAGAGCCAUAUAUGAGAACAGGCGUGCGGUCUCGGCGCACCGCAAUGAAGCUGGGGCAGUGUUGCUCUCGCUGGGAGAGGCCACCUCGGAGCAGGUUGUUGAAAACGGCCAAAAAUGAAUUAUGUAUUUGA